UAUGUCUAUUGUUUAAUUAUUAUAUGUAUAUGUCAUUUAAGAAAUAGUACUCCAUGAUUUUUUUUUAAACAGAUUGUAAAAGAAUUCGAAAUGAUGAAACCCGACCUAAAGAAGGAUGUACUCCUAGAUAGAUGGACAGAUGUUCUUGGCAUUUUAGACAAGAUGUUUGAGGGUAAUGAUCAGGACAGUGACAAUGAGGAAAACCUGAACACAGAUCAGGAACUGAUAAAGAUUGUUGAUCAAAUUGAGGCAAAGAUAAAAUUUAGAACAUCAAAGAAGGAACAGAAUGAUCUAAUUGUGAAAGUAGAUGUUAAAAAAGUUAAUCUUACUACCAAAAAGAAAAGCCCACCAAGAGCUGUAAUACUUACCAAUGAAGAUGGUUCGAUAAACAAUACAUAUAUGGUAGGGGAUGGACUUCAAAUAUCAGCAGGAACAGACAUAAAACAGCUGUUACAACUACUUCUUGUGACAUACUAUGUAUAUGAUUUGUCUUAUCCUAAAUGUUACCAACUUUUGGGUUUUUUUGCAAAUGGCUAUCCUCAAAGACAAUGCCAAUUUUCAUAAGGGAGCAAAUUACCUAAAGUUCGAAAAGGAAUUCCUGCAACAUGCGGUCAGCCGGGAAGAAGUUGAUAAUUGAUUACAAUCGUUCU